UCUUCCUUACAACUGUGACUGUUUCCCUUCUCCAUUUCACAAUGACCACAUGACCAAUGUGAUGUUGCUGGAUCUGCCAUACCAGAUAAUGUUCAUAUAUGGAGAUGAAACCAUGAAGAGAAAGCAGAACGACUAAUAAUGCUUUUCCGAAAUCGUUUUCUGAUCUUGCUGGCUUUGGCAGCCUUAUUGGCCUUUUUGAGCCUCAGCCUACAAUUCUUGCACUUAAUCCCAGUCAACCCAGUCAAGGAAGAUGGGCUGAACCCUAAGAGCCGAAAGAGAAUAAUGCCUGAUCCUCUGACUGAACCCCCUGCAAUUGAUCCUAUUUAUGAAGCUCAUGUUUACUGUAAUGUUCCUAGCAUAACUGAACGCAGCAUGGAAGGUCAUGCACCCCAUUAUUUUAAGCUCGUGUCUGUCCACGUGUUGAUUCGCCAUGGGGAUAGAUAUCCACUUUAUGCCAUUCCCAAAACAAAAAGACCAGAGAUCGACUGUACAUUGGUGUCUAGAAGGAAGCCGUCUCACCCUCAACUUGAAGCUUUUGUUAGGCAUAUGUCCCAAGGCUCUGAAGCCCAAAUGGAUGGCACCCUGAGCAGCCUGCCUCGUUACCCCAGUCAUUCUUUGUGUGAAAUGGGAGAACUUACACAGACAGGUGUUGUACAGCACUUACAUAAUGGACAGCUAUUACGGGAAAUUUAUAUAAAGAAACAUAAACUGCUAUCAAGUGAUUGGACAGCAAAGCAUCUCUACUUGGAGACAACAGGAAAAAGUCGAACCCUGCAGAGUGGGCUAGCACUUCUGUAUACUUUCCUUCCAGAUUUUGAUUGGAAGAAAAUUAACAUAAAACAUCAGUGGAGCACUAUCUUUUGUUCUGGAAGCUGUGAUUGCCCAAUGAGAAACCAUUACCUAGAAGAGGAGCAACGCCGCCAGUAUAGCUUAAGGGUGAAAAACAGCCAUUUGGAGAGAACAUACGUGGAUAUGGCAAAAAUAGUAGGCAUUCCCACUAGGCAGUUAAGAGCUUCUAACCCAAUAGAUUCUAUGUUGUGCCAUUUUUGCCACAAUGUCAGUUUCCCUUGUACUAAAAAUGGCUGCAUUGACAUUGAACACUUUAAGGUAAUUAAGACACACCAGUUAGAGGAUGAGAGAGAGAGACAAGAAAAGAAACUUUAUUUCUGGUAUGCACUACUGGCUAUUCAUCCUCUCCUUAAUCAGACUGUUAACCGGAUGCAGCGCAUUGCAGAAGGCAAGAAAGAAGAAUUAUUUGUCCUUUACUCAGCUCAUGAUGUAACCUUGUCACCUGUUCUCAGUGCCUUGGGCAUUACAGAAGCCAGGUUUCCAAGAUUUGCAGCCAGAUUAGUCUUUGAGUUGUGGCAGGAUGGGAAAAAACCCAGAGAACACUUUAUCCGCAUCCUAUAUAAUGGGUUUGAUGUCACAUUCCAGACCUUGUUUUGCCGGGAGAAUAACAUGCAUUCCAGCAAGCCCAUGUGUCCUCUGGAAAAGUUUGUUCAUUUUGUCAAAAGGGGCAUGUUUACAAUUUUUAAUAGCACUAAUUAUUAUGAUGCAUGUCGCAGGAGACCAUUUUAA